AACACGGACAAGCCCACAUCCAGUGCUAUCGUCUGGACAUACACGGACGUUGAGGGGACCCACCAAAGUUGGAAUAUUAAUGUCCAAGCAACUGCCCGCCUGCUGAGCUGCAGCACCUCCUUCAAACAGUUUAAGAUAGUUCUGCUGCAUGAGUGCCUGCUCCUGGUCAAAGUUUUCCUCCAACAUUUGCUGCUGUUCAGCAUACUGGUACUGCUGCUGUUCCACCUGCUGUAUUUGGAACUCCUCCCACAUUCAGCCAAGAACUACAGAUGUGAAGCACAAUAGUACAUACCAAGUCAAGUUCUAUGCAUAAGUAGGAAUUAUGACCCUGACUGCAGCUGUGUGUCAGAUUUACUCGGAACUCCUCUCACAUUCAGCUAAGAAGGAAUGUGCACUGUGUGUUUAUGCUUGUGUAUAUAAUUGGAGCAAUUGUAGCUACCAUGUUCCUUCGAGUCUCUUUUCCCUGAAAGAACAACUGUUAUGGUGCUUACCUUCACCUGACUGCUUAUUAUGCCUCUGUGAUUUAAUGCGUGCAAAACAGUCAUUGUCUUUAUGAGCAUGUGCAAUAAUAUUUU